AUGUUGAACUUGAAAUAUAUUUUCGUGCUUUCCCUUUUUAUUGGUGACAUCUUUUCCCAGGAAAAUCCUGGCAGUCAUCUCAACACUGUGAUACGUUUCCAUCGUGAAUGUCAAUCGCAGACAGGAGUUUCUGAUGCAGUAGUCUUUGGUAUCAUCUCGGGAAAAUUUCCCAGUGAUCCCGCAUUCAGAAGACAUAUUCUCUGCAUGAACCAGAAGAUGGGAUUCCAAGACAAUAACGGAAACAUCAAUAGAAACCUUAUUUCCAGCACUCUACGUACAGCAAUGCCAAAUGGUAACAUUGAGGGCAUGGUGCAAAACUGUGCAGUUCAAAGGGCCGAUCCAGAAGAAACUGCUUUCGAGAUGGACCAGUGUUUCUUCAGGAUAUUCCGUUCAAAAAUGGGCUGA